GCAACAAUGGCAGGUGAAGACUGUGUAAGAAAACGCCAGUCUGGCUCCACUACAACCUGCAAGAGCCCUGAGAAUGAAGAAAUGCAGAGGAGACCUGAGAGCGAGAGGUCAUUUCAAAACUCAAGCAAUGGCCGGGUUGAUGUCGACCAUGUGAUAACAAGGAAAAUGCAGCUAAUAGCAGAAGCUGAGCAAUUGAAGCCAGCUUUCAUGAAGGAAGUGGACAGUCACUUCACGGAGUUUGUGAACAGUUUGGUGGCAAAAUCGGUGCUCCUGGAUUCCUCAUCUUCAGCCUCCCUCUUCCCAGCUUCCUGCUCAGAGAAGGAACUGCACAAAGCCAAGACCUUGAGGGCCCCUCCAGAGCAUGGGAAGAUCUUUACUGCCAGAAGGUCCCUCUUGGAUGAGCUGUUUGAAGUGAGUCACAUCAGGACGAUCUACCACAUGUUCAUCGCUCUUCUCAUUGUCUUCAUCCUCAGCACACUUUUAGUAGACUUCAUUGAUGAAGGAAGACUGGUCCUAGGAUUUGAUCUCUUGGUCUUUGUUUUUGGAAAGUUCCCAGUUGUCUUCUGUACUUGGCUGUGCAUGUUCUGUGCCACAGUUAUCGUUCCAUACAACCUUUUCGUCUGGUGGGCCCAAGGCUACUGCAGUUCCUCCCAUCGUGUAAUCCACUCUCUCUUCUAUGGGAUGUUGUUCACACUCUUCCAAACAGCUGGGCUUGGAUUUGGACCAACCUAUAUUGCUGUAUCAUACGCCCUGCCUCCGGCUUCCCGUUUUAUUGUAAUACUGGAACAGGUUCGUCUUGUUAUGAAGGCUCAUUCAUUCAUCCGGGAGAAUGUACCCAGAGUCCGGGCCUCUGUAAAGGACAAGUCCAGCACAGUACCUAUUCCCAGAAUUUCUCAAUACCUGUACUUCCUCUUUGCUCCCACCCUCAUCUACAGAGACAACUAUCCCAGGAAUCCCAUGAUAAGAUGGGGCUAUGUAGCUACCAAGUUUGCGCAGGUGCUUGGUUCACUUUUCUAUGCCUACUACAUCUUUGUGAGACUCUGCAUUCCUCAGUUUCGCAACAGUAGUCAAGAAACCUUCAAUCUUCGAGGUCUGGUCCUCUGCAUCUUCAACUCCAUUCUGCCAGGUGUACUGAUUCUCUUCCUGGUUUUCUUUGCAUUCCUUCACUGUUGGCUUAAUGCAUUUGCUGAGAUGCUGCGCUUUGCAGAUAGGAUGUUCUACAAGGACUGGUGGAACUCCACUUCCUAUGCAAACUACUACCGAACCUGGAACGUGGUAGUACAUGACUGGCUCUAUUACUAUGCCUACAGGGACUUCCUUUGGUUUUUUGGUAAGAAGUUCAAAGCAGCAGCUAUGCUAUCUGUCUUCACAGUAUCGGCUGCUGUGCACGAAUAUGUUCUGAGCAUCUGCUUCGGCUACUUCUAUCCAGUUCUCUUUUGCCUGUUUAUGUGCUUUGGAAUGGUCUUCAACUUCAUCCUUAAUGACCGUCGGAAAGGGCCUAUCUGGAACGUGAUCAUGUGGACUUCCCUCUUCCUGGGCCAAGGUGUCAUCAUUUGCCUCUACAGCCAGGAGUGGUAUGCCCGCCAGUACUGCCCUAUGGAAAAUCCCACGUUCCUGGACUACUUAAAACCACGCUCAUGGUCAUGUCAUAUGAAGAUGUAAAAAUGGUAUGCUCUGGCAGUGUCAUCACAGAAAAUCAGACUUGUCCUCCAAGUAUUUGGACCGAUGACCUAACUCACUAUGGACUUUUUCUAAGGGAAGUUGUGCCUCCUGAUUAUUGGGGAGAAACUGUAAUUUUUUUAAACAUUACUGAGGCAAACCAGUUGACCUGGAUUGCAACAGGCUUCAUAGGCAGCACCUACUACAUGCUGUCCCACUUUGAGCCAUUUCCAUGCCAGUAAAACGUUGAGCUGAAGGUGGAGUCUACUGGAAUCCUACUCAUCCAGGGGUCCCCCCAAGUUGCUGCUCUUCUGGACAAUAGAUAGUCUAGUCAGAUUUGCUAGUAGCUCAUUGUUGGCGUCCGUCCAUCUUCCUUGGCCACCCCUUUGCAAUUUUUUUUUUUCUCCCUUUUGGUAACGAGAUGUCUCCAAAACUUCUAUUCUUUGUGAUCCUGUCUGCCGCUAUGAUGCGGACAAGUGGCAGAGCAACAGGAUAUUUGCCUCCUUGCUCUGAAGAUAGCCAAAGUAUUCCUGGAUGGCUUUGAACUGUAUUGUGUGUAUGUUAGCUGCCUACAGAUUUAAAAUGGGCAGAGGAAGAGGGGAUUGUCACUUGACUUGUGGCUGCAUUGGAGAAUCAGGUUCAGAAGCAGGGCACAGUGUGUGCAGUCUUUGUAUGACUUUUUACGCUGAAAAUUUGGGUUUUCUCUGUAUUCAUUAAGUUCCCAACUGACUUACAGUGUUUUUGUUCUCUGAAGGCCCUUGCGACUUGAGGAAUAGUUUUUCUUCUAGCUCUUCCUUUCUCUUGCUCCAGAUAAUCAAUUCUUUUAACGCAAUUAACUUGUAAAAGAGCUUUUGCUUUAAUUUGGCAGGUGCUUUAAGGUAUACAAGUUGUUAAGGCUUUCUUUAGCACGAAAGACUUGAAAUACUACAACCCAACUGUAAGAAAACGCAAUCGACUUUACAGGUACAUAGCGCAUUCUCACCUGAAGUGGCUACGUCCAGUUCAAUAUGCCAGCACGUCUUGGUGCCUCCUGCCAACGUGUGUUGUAGCAGCUUCUAGCGCUGUCGGUGGGAAAUGAGGGUUGACCCGGUGGCUGGAGUCAGAGCUGCUGCUUCAUCUGCCAGCGUCUGCUCUCACGCCAGCGGGGACUUCAGGUGAAGACCAGUUUCCUAGGUGUUGCCCUCUUCUUUCUGAAGGGGUAGGACAUCUUCCCGUACACGCUGCUGAAGGGAGAAGCAUUAUGUGAAUUUGGUGUUUCAGUAUCUGUUAAUUAGGCAGAGUCCCUUCGGUUUGCUUGUUCUGUCAGAUGCUAAGCGCAAAAGGGGACUUACAUAGUAUCUGGGUACGUAUCUCUCCAGUUUUACUGGAACUGCAGCUCCCAUUAUUGGAGAGGGAGGGCAACCUGAUGGAGGUACCUUAACUUUGGUCACAGGGAUUUCUCAAUUACUCAAAUGUUCUUUAUUGGCACUCUUUGGUAACAGCUUUUCCUUACUGACCUACAGCCUAGGUAUUGGGACUGUUGAUGGACCUGUCUCCCAAUCCACUUAAGACUAUCUUUUGGGCUUCUAUUUUUACUAACCUGAGUCAAAAAGUAAUUUCAUGAAAGCUAGGUGAUACUUAAACUCUUCCAGGUUUUCAGUUUCCUGUGAGAAGGAGUCCCGCUCUUCAGAAGGGACAUUGUGUCAGAUCAUAUUUGCCAAAUACAGCGUUUGCGUAUGUGGCUCUCCUCUGAAAAUAGCCUCUACUAGAACUUCUUUGUUGAAACAGUGGGGUAAACUUCAGAGGAAGGGGUUCAUGUAUAUACUCAAACUUGGCAGUAUUAGUAUAUAGAAUCCUGAAAAUGAAAUGGAUGACUUUAUCCUCAUUUGGUUUGAUUAAUCCUAAAUCUUUCACUGUACCUUUUGUGGGAGGAAGGGACAGAAGUGCUGGAGCAACUAAGCUUCCUUUUUGGGGAGAAAAAAAACAACACAAACCAACAAAAACCCCCACCCUUUGGCCAAACAGCUUUGUCGCCUCCUUAGUAUAGGAUGAAAUUCAGUCCAGCACUUCUUAAUUGUGGUGCUCAAAACACUUAUGUACAGCUUUUUGCACUCAAAUAGGGUGUGAUGGAUUAGGGACUUGAUUUGUCAUCUUGAUGCCUGUGUCAGGUCUUGCUACUCUCUCAGUGUUCUCAAAAGCAGAUCAAAACACGGCACUUUGUGCCAAGUUUUGGUGUUUCCCUCGCAGCUGGCGCUGUCAUGUUCCUGAUGAAGAAUAUCAGCAUUUACUGUGUCAGCAUCCUCAGUGUUUGAAGCCUGAGGGCUGGAGCAUCUGGCAAGCAAAAGGCAACCAGAAAGGGAUGCUCAGCUGUUGGAACUAGUCUUAGUUUUUGACAGGUUGAGGUUUUUAGCCUUGUAGAUCAAGGCAUCUGGCAACCGUGCUGUCAGGGCAUUAACGAUUGGGAUUACUUUCAAUUCCUGUUUCUUUGGGUUUUUUAAAUUGCUUUUGAAUGGGGGCUUAUUUUCAUUUUUCUCAAGAGUACUGAAGGGGAAAUACUAAGUCUUUUGCACAUUGCUUGUUUAAUUAGAGUCAAUUAUACCAUGUUUGUUGGAGUUUUCUUAGGCUGUGAGUGCCAGAGCUAGCAGUAUGGUGGUCUGGUCAAUAAUGAGGAUGCUAAGGUUCACAACCUGCCCUUUACCGGUUCUUAAUAACAGUAUGUACUGGGGUUUGUGGUUCUUUCCAACACAAGAAUUGUGCAGCUUGCUUCCAUGGUAACUCCCUCAGUUUUGAGGUGGGAAGCCUUCAGCUUUGGAAUGGCAGCCAGCACAGCUGCAGCUUCUUGCUCAAUAACAUCACAAAAAUCGGUAUUAAUACAGUGAGAUGUGUCCCGGCUUUCAUGCGGGUAACAGUUUGUUCUCAGGAAGACUGAACCUCUGCAGAGUCUUCGUGCCUAGUACGUCCUUUCUGUUGGGCUAUUUAGCUUCCAGCCUUCAGAGGUGAAGCAGUCCUGCGUCCCAGCUGCUAACUGUAUGCUACCCCGUGGCAGCCGUCAGAAUAAGACACGUGCUACGUGCUGUGGUGGGA